AUGCUCGCCCUCACCAGCGCAACGGGAAAACUAGGCUCUGCAGUCCUCAAUGCCCUCCUCGACAACAACCUCAUCGAUGCCAAGGAACUAGUGGUCUGCACAUCUUCCGAACCGACAGCUUCGAAAUUCGCCGCCCUCCGAUCCAAAAAUAUCACCGUCCGAUACAAUAACUUCGACGAACCCGCCUCCCUCGAGGCCGCCUACGCAGGAUGCGACAACCUCUUCCUCGUAUCUUCGCCCCGCAUCUCCAUGGACUUCGACGAUGCACCUCUGUGGGAAGGCCGCGAAGCACAUCAUCUUGCUGCUAUUGACGCCGCGAGGAAGGUUGGCGUCAAGCAUAUCUACUACACGUCUCUUGCUUUUGGGAAUCCCUCUAAAGCGAGCGUCAUGCGGGCGCACAUUCGAACGGAAGCAUACUUGAAAGGGCUAGAAGAUGUGCAGUGGACGAUUAUUAGGGAAGGUUUGUAUAAUGAGAGCUGGCCGCUGUAUCUUGGAUACUACUAUGGCUUGAAGAAUGAGACGAGGACGGAGGUGGUCGUUGCGGGCGACGGUCCCAUUUCGUGGACAAGCAUCCUCGACCUGGCAUUUGGCACAGCGAGAAUUCUCACUGAUCCCCCUGAGCAAUGGGCUGGAAGGACAUUCUACCUCUCGCAAAAUAAAACGUCGAAUUUAAAGGACAUUGCGCAAAUCGUGAGUAAGGAGAAGGGCGAAGAGGUUGCGCUAAAGAUUGUGGCAAGGAAGGAGUACGAGGAUUUUUAUGUCAACGAAUUGGGCAUGGAAAGACCUGCUGUUGAAUGGUGGAGUAGUACGUAUGAUGCACUGCAGGACGGUGAGUGCGAUAUCAAGGAUCCAACGCUCGAGGAUAUAUUGAAGAAAGCUGGAAGGGAGCUAAUCCCUGUCGAGGAGACCAUCGCGAAGAUGCUUCAAUGA